GGGGGGCACCGCGGGCCCGGCGCUCACCGGCACCGCCCGCCGGCCCGGGCUGCCCCCGCCGGGCCCGAGCGCGGCCCCUUCCCCGUGCACGAGUGUGUGUUCAAGGGGGACGUGCGGCGGCUCUCGGCGCUCAUCCGCACCCAGGGCAUCGCCCAGAAGGACAGUCACGGAAACACUCCUUUACAUCUUGCUGUGAUGUUGGGACAUAAAGAAUGUGCCCACCUGCUUUUAGCCCAUAAUGCUCCAGUAAAGGUGAAAAACGCUCAGGGAUGGAGCCCUCUGGCCGAAGCCAUCAGCUAUGGAGACAGACAGAUGAUUUCAGCACUCCUGAGGAAGCUCAAGCAGCAAUCCAGGGAAAGUGUUGAAGAGAAGCGACCUCGGUUAUUAAAAGCCCUGAAAGAGCUAGGUGACUUCUAUCUAGAGCUUCACUGGGAUUUUCAAAGUUGGGUGCCUUUACUUUCCCGAAUUCUGCCUUCUGAUGCAUGUAAAAUACACAAACAAGGUAUAAAUAUCAGGCUGGACACAACUCUGAUAGACUUUACUGACAUGAAGUGCCAACGAGGGGAUUUAAGCUUCAUUUUCAACGGUGACGCCGCACCCUCCGAAUCUUUUGUAGUUUUAGACAAUGAGCAAAAAGUUUACCAGCGAAUACACCACGAGGAAUCUGAGAUGGAGACAGAAGARGAGGUUGACAUUUUGAUGAGCAGCGAUAUUUACUCUGCCACCUUAUCCACCAAAUCCAUCACGUUCACACGGGCCCAGACGGGCUGGCUCUUCAGGGAGGACAAAACUGAAAGAGUAGGGAACUUCUUGGCAGAUUUCUACUUGGUGAAUGGACUCGUAUUGGAAUCCAGGAAAAGAAGGGAACAUCUCAGUGAGGAGGACAUCCUUCGGAAUAAAGCGAUCAUGGAGAGCCUGAGCAAAGGGGGAAACCUCAUGGAGCARAAUUUUGAGCCCGUGCGCCGGCAGUCGCUGACGCCGCCGUCCCCCAACACCAUCUCCUGGGAGGAAUACAUCUCUGCUGAGAGUGGCAAAGCUCCUCACCUGGGCAGGGAGCUGGUCUGCAAGGAGAGCAAGAAAACCUUCAAAGCCACGAUAGCAAUGAGCCAGGAAUUCCCCUUAGGAAUUGAAUCGUUGUUGAAUGUCUUAGAAGUCAUUGCACCGUUCAAGCACUUUAACAAACUUAGAGAAUUUGUUCAAAUGAAGCUCCCACCAGGCUUUCCUGUCAAGUUAGAUAUCCCGGUGUUCCCCACCAUCACGGCCACUGUGACGUUCCAGGAGUUCCGCUACGACGAGUUCGAUGACUCCAUCUUCACCAUUCCCGACGACUACAAGGAGGAUCCCAGCCGCUUCCCGGACCUCUAAGGGCCCCGGGAGGUUCCUGGGGAUCAUCCCCAGCGGCACCCAGGGCAAGGGCGUGGCUGCAGCCCCGGAGGGCAGAGCCAGCACGGAGCACACACGAGGCCGCAGCAAAGGGAACGAGCAGCAGCGCGGAUGUGCUGCCACGGCCGCUCCUGCUGCCAUUCCCUUUGGCACAGCCAGUCCUGCCACCCCCAGAGCUGGGAGGAGCUGCUGCUUUUUAAAAGUUUUUUAUGCUCGUGGCCAUCCACAGGGCACUGCUGGA